AUGUCCAAGUAUGAUGAGAUGCAUAAGGGAGACUACAUGUGGUCCAACAACAAAGAGUGGAAGGCCUUCUUCCAGGUACAGUAUGUGUCUAGAGCAUGUAUACAAGGCAGAUUCUUAAAGUGUUCUUAGAGUUAAUGUAGAUUUCCUUGUAACAAUAUUCAUUAUCAACAUCCAGGGGUCAAAUCAUUAUAUCUCUAUAUAUCUCCCCAUCUGUCUCCAUAGGAGGAUGGUAACUCUGUGUUCUAUGGCUGGAAGCCCAUGUGGAACUCCGACACUGCCGGCUGGCGCGACGCCCACUGCCUGUGCAUGCAGGACGACUGUAACUUUGCCAUGUACAAGAGGGACGAGAAGGCCAUAUGGCACACCAACACUCAGGCCAACGGCUUCAAGGUGUGCUGCAUGUAGCCACGAUGGCAACCUGGUGAUUGAGAAAGACGGAGAGGAGGUGUGGAACUCCGCCCAGAGCAGGGGAUCAAAGUGAAGCAGUUUGUGAUCUAAUGUCACUCAGUCACUCUGGGGAGGAAAAUAAACUUCAUCAAAUGUAUCUGAAGUUCUGGUGUUCUGUUCUUGUGUCCAUUGUUUCUUGUUUUUUUGCAUUUUUUUACAGACAUAAUUUUCCGUUCAUAGUGUCAGAAAAUAACAGCCAAGAUGUGAUAUGAUUGAACUAAGGUUAUUAGGGUAACAUGAUUAACUCAUAACUUAAUAAUAUAUUGAUAUACUGUAAAGCUCAGUCACGCGCCACCUCAUUUUACAGGCUUAGGUCAUUUACUGACACACACAAUAUAUUUAAGUGAUAAUGCCUGAGAAGCCUGUGUUUGGAGGAUAUAUUGGCACGGGUGUUGUUCGUCAAAGGCCGGAAAACUGCGCCAAUAUAUCCUCCAAACAUUGACUUUGAGGCCAUUAUCACUUUUAUACAACGGGUUACCAACAUAUUCAAAUAAUGAUUGACAUAUUUUCAUUAAAAACGUUAUUUUGAUUAAUUUAUUCAUACAAUUUCAUCCUUCCACAAGAUAUAGUCCCAACACAAAUCUAGGGUUGCUACCCAAGCCGGCUGGUCGUUCAUUCUAUCGGUUUGGUUGCUAUCGGUUUGGUCCCAGUCGUUCAGUCUUUUUGUUCUGUCGUUUGCAGAGGGAGGUGUUUUUUUGAAUGUUAAUUAUUUGUCUUUUUGUUCUGUCAUUCAUUCUAAAUGUUCCAUUGCCAUACUGGCUGGCAACGUUCUUAUCCCUUGCUUGCUAGCUAGCCAACUACGGCUAAUUUACAGUCACGUCAAAAAGCCAGAAUGACAGCAAAGUAGCUGCAUUUGCAUUUGUUUAAGCUGUUUUCUAGUGACAUUUAUUUGGAUACAUCCAUAACAAUGAGCUAAUGGGGCGCAAUUUCGCCUGGUGUAGAAAAUGUGCUCACCCGUCAGGACACUGUUGUUCAGAGGAGCUAGCCAACUACACAGCUAACACAAUCACUUCAAACUGAAGCUGGAAAGACUGCAAACUAGCUGCACUUUGUUUCGUUUUAGCUUUUUUCAAUUGACAUUUCUUUGUAUAUAUCCAUAAAAAUUAUGCCAGCUGAUUCAUGAUUUCGACUGGCUGAGAAACGCUGCCUACCUGUCUGUCUCGUCCCUACUCCCGACACGUUCAUUACUAUGGGACAGUUGGAGAUCGAAUUUGAAUAUUGAAACAAUAUUGCAAAGGUCGGAAAGACAGACAGCAAGGUUUAUACAAAUCUCCGCUGUUGAACACUAAAUGUUAGUCUAAAUGUGAGAUCAUGUCUAGAUGCUUUUUAUAGUGGAGAUCAAGUUUAUAAAUUGCUUGGCUGGGCUGAUGAGACAGUGGAUUGCACAGUCAGAUGGAACAGAGUAAAUAGGCAUUUUAUCGUCAUAGAUUUAGCCGGAGGUAACUUGUGGAAUAGACACCGGCUGGAAUGCGGUUUUAACCAAUCAGCAUUUAGGAUUAGACCCACACGUUGUAUAAAUAUUCAAUACAUCAUGGCCAUAUACAGUAUAGACUAGUGUACCUAACCUGACCCAAAUAUCUCACUCCAAUAAUUUCUAUUGUUUUUUCCUGACCAAACUCUGGGCCCUAUUUAUAGCUUAUAACUAGCCUAUAACUAGGGUUAGGAUCAGGUCACAUGGUCAGGCCACAUGCCCAUAGCCUACUUAGUAAUGAUGUCUUGUGAGACAGAGAGACAAGGUGAACUAAGAUGGCCCAGUCAAACAGUACAACAUAGACCUUAAUUACUGACUCAGCACAGGAGUCAGCAGAGCUCUGAACCUUACUAUGCAGCCACAUGUCUUAGAUCCAUGAUUAGACAACCCAGCACAAUCCAUCUAAUUUCUACACAAAAUAAAACACAAUUUGACACAUAAAACCACUCAGGUCUACUGUAAUUGUGCGAACAUGGUAUCACAUUUUGAAAUCACAUUAAGAACCUAUGAAAUAUACGGUACUGUGAGCUCAAAGUUCACUCCACUAAUAAGUCUGUCCAGUAUCUCAGGAUGCCCAUGAACUUGGUGAACUUUUUAUGUUGCUUGAGAGGAAUAUCUGAACAACACAAGUCUGAUCAGCUUUUGUUUGCUGUGCCAGAUUUCUAUGCCAGUAAGGCUGCAUUGUGUAGAAUGGUACAGGUAAUUUACAAAGUUCCAUCAGCCUCCAGGUUAUUUAUUGCAUAAGUGCAAUCAAAUGUUAAUUAUGGCCUAGACGCCGCAAUUUUAUGCUAUAUACAGAAAAAUAAGUCCUGGAUGCUUUUCUAGGAAUAGACAACAAGAAAUCCACAGGGGCUGACCAAUUGGAUCCCGGUCUGCUUAAGUGUGCAGUGCCCAUCAUUGUUGGCUCAAUAACCCACAUUUUCUAUUUAACAUUGUUAUCAGGAAAUAUUCCAAAAGUAUGGAAAUCAGCUCUUGUGCUGCCACUCCAUAAGGGCGGGGAUAGUAGUGAUCUUAAUAAUUAUCGCCCCAUUUCAAGGUUUCCUUGUCUAGCUAAGAUUCUUGAAUCCUUCAUAAAUGAACUUUGCUCUUUUUUAUCUGAGAAAUGUAUUUUGAAUACAAACCAACCAGAGUUUAGGCCUGGGCAUUGCACUAUUACAGCAACCACUUUAGUUCUUAAUGAUCUUAACAACGCUUUAGACACUAAAAUGAGGCGUGUUGCUUUGUUUGUGGACCUGUCAAAAGCUUUUGGCACUGUUGAUCAUGCUAUUUUUUUGAAUAAGUUGUCCUUGAUAGACCUGAGGUCUGACGCCUUUUCAUGGUUUCAUGAUUAUCUUAAUGACAGAACUCAGGCCAUCGUGAUUGAUGGGGUUAAAUCUUUAAGUACAUAAAGGUAUACCACAGGGAUUGAUUUUGGGACCUGUUCUCUUCACUAUUUAUAUAAACACCAUUGGUCAAUCUGUAAAAAAUGGAUACUAUUAUGUAUGCUACUGCCCCGACUGUUGAUCUGGCUGUGUCAAAACUACAGUCCGAUUUUAUAGCUAUGCAGGAAUCCCUUGCUGAUUUAAAACUUGUGCUUAAUACAGGCAAAACGUAAUACAUGUUGUUUUCAAACUCUCUUAAGAAUGUUUCAGAUGAACUACACAUACAUUCCCCUCCACCAAACUUUACAGUUGGCACUAUGCAUUCGGGCUGGUAGCGUUCUCCUGGCAUCCGCCAAACCCAUAUUCGUCCAUUGGACUGCCAGAUUGUGAAGCGUGAUUCAUCACUCCAGAGAACACGUUUCCACUGCUCCAGAGUCCAAUGGCGGCGAGCUUUACACCUCUCCAGCCGACGCUUGGCAUUGCGCAUGGUGUUCUUAGGCUUGUGUGCAGCUGCUCGGCCAUGGAAACCCAUUUCAUGAAACUCCUGAUUAACAAUUAUUGUGCUGACGUUGCUUCCAGAGACAGUUUGGAACUCGGUAGUGAGUGUUGCAACCAAGGACAGACGAUUUUUACACUCUACGUGCUUCAGCACUCAGCGGUCCGUUAUGUGAGCUUGUGUGGCCUACCACUUCGCGGCUGAGCCGUUGUUGCUCCUAGAUGUUUCCACUUCACAAUAACAGCACUUACAGUUGACCGGGGCAGCUCUAGCAGGGCAGACAUUUGACGAACUGACUUGUUGGAAAGGUGGCAUCCCAUGACGGUGCCACAUUGAAAGUGGUCCUAUGGACAGAUAUGGACAGAUACUCCAAUCUCCACUGUGGAGCUGGAGCAGUUUUACCUUGAAGAAUGGGCAAAAAUCCCAGUGGCUAGAUGUGCCAAGCUUAUAGCGACAUACCCCAAGAGACUUGCAGCUGUAAUUGCUGCAAAAGGUGGCUUUACAAAGUAUUGACUUUCUUGUUUGUUUCACAAUGAUACAUAUUUUGCAUCUUCAAAGUGGUAGGCAUAUUGUGUAAAUCAAAUGAUACAAACCCCCAAAAAAUCCAUUUUAAUUCCAGGUUGUAAGGCAACAAAAUAGGAAAAAUGCCAAGGGGGGUGAAUACUUUCGCAAGCGACUGUAUCUAUCUAUCUAUCUAUCUCACCUCAUAAUCUCUAUGUUCUAUCUGUGUCUUAGGCCUACAUCUACUACUGAGGACUUUCAAUCUGUUGAGUGUGACAGUGCAUCAGCCCUGAACUGUUUCUGUUGGGAAACUGACAAAAGCAAUGCCUCCAAUUGCUUGUUUGUCAUCUCUGCUGAACUUCUCAUUUCAGAAUCAUGAGCAGAAACUAUAUGUCCAAGUUUGACAAGAUGCGUAAGGGAGACUACCUUAUGUCCAACAACCACGAGUGGAAGGCCUGCAGGUACGUGUGUAGAACUUGAGAAACACUAUGUGCCUACUUGAAAGUGUUAUUUUUGGGAAGUCCAUAGAAGAUGUAAGGUUUAAGUUUUCCCAUUACUUUGGAGCUAUGUAGUUACAUGCAUGUAUCCAUUUUAUUUAUCUCCACAGGAGGAUGGAAACUUUGUGAUCUACGGCUGGAAGCCCAUGUGGAACUCCGACACCGCCGGUCAGCGUGAUGCCUACAGCCUGUGCAUGCAGGACGACUGCAACUUUGUCAUGUACAAGAAGGACAACAAGAUGAUGUGGCAGACCAAGUUUCCAGCGUCCGGUGGCUUCAAGAUGUGCCGCAUGUGGCUGCACAACGAUGGUACCAUGGUGGUGGAGAGGGACGGAGAGUAGGUGUGGUCCUCUGCUCAGUUUAAGGGCUUCAAACAGUGAGCAGACCCCCUGCAGCUCUACCAGGGAACAGUUCAUGCUGAUAAUACCCACACUUUCCAUCUGUGCUGCAUGACUGUCUCCCUUGACCUAUGUUCAAUAAAGA